AUGAAGCAGAUUGCAGUUCUGAUUCUAGCGUUCAGCUGCGCUGUAUGUGAAGAGCCAACUAAUGAAAACGUUGACAAAGUGCGUCAGUGCUCAGGAUCAACCAGCUGCUGUGACAUCUACUCCCUCACUUCCAUAAGUCAAAACCUGGGAGCAGUGGGAGAGAAGGUGGCAAACAUGGCUGAGAAGAUUACACUUCUGGAGGCUAAAUUGCAGAACACUGAAAAAGAAGUCCUGGAGCUGCGGAGCCUGACUGGAGGUAACAUAAAGCAAAUGAUUUCAUUGGAUGUAAUGAUGUGUUAUAAUUCUUCCCUUUAUAAAAUCUUACUCCUGGUGUGUUUGUGGUCAUUUGAUGCAGGCACACAUCAGGUGGCCUUUUCUGCAACUCUCAGGGACAGUGGCAAUGGAGAUAUUGGACCCUUCACCACUAAUACCCCACUUAAGUAUAAGAGGAUCUUCGCCAACACUGGAAACAGCUACAAUGCUGCAACUGGCAUCUUCACAGCGACUGUCAAAGGAACGUAUUUCUUUAGAUUCUCAAUGUUCAACAAUCUCAGUCCUACUCCCAACUCAGUAGUGAGCCUCAUGAAGAACGGAGAGAGGCUGACGUCUGUGUGGGACACCGCAGGGGCUGAUUCCCACGACAUGGGGAGCAACGCUGUGGUCAUCGCCCUCGAGGUGGGAGACAACGUGUAUGUGGAUCUCCAGGCAAACAGGGUGGUCUUUGAUGAUUCCAUGAACUACAACACCUUCAGUAGUUUUUUGCUCUUCACUGUGUAA